AUGACUUUGACAUGGCAUUCAUCCACUCUUCAAUUAACCAAUUCGGGUUUUGUCGAAUCAUGGUUCAGAGAAUCAUUGGUUGUGAAGCUCGGGUUUUCUUUUGGUUCGGAGUGUUUAUCAAACAAGACUGAUUCUUCUGCUCCUCAAAAGCAUUAUAUUUGUGUGAGUCCGGUGGAUCUUCAUUCAUCCGUUCUUUUGGAUGAAACACUUACUAUUCUGAUACUUGACGGUUGUACGAAGCUUAGGAGUGUUAAAGGCCGGAAACAUUUAAAGUUUUUUUGGAAAAGAUCAGUGUCAUUGGCUGCACAAGUCUCGAGGAAUUUGCCGUCUCCUCGGAUUUCAUUGAAAACUUGGAUUUAA